CAAAAGACACCACAUAACAUUAUCUCUACCAAAGAAAGAAAAACUGAAAAUAAACCCCACCAUUCAAAAACCAAAACCAAACCAAAACACCCUUCAGAUUUAGUCCUAUCUAUAUCUCCUCGAUCGAUCAUCCUUUCUCCUUCACCAACAACCACCAUGUCAAUGCUCCAAACCGAUGAUCAGAUCAAGCAACUCAACGACAUAUUCAACCGCUUCGACAUGGACUCCGACGGCAGCCUCACCCACCUGGAGCUCGCCGCGCUCCUCCGUGCCCUCGGCAUCAAGCCCACUGGGGACGAGCUCCACGGCCUCCUUUCCAACAUGGAUAACAACGGCAACGGCUACAUCGAGUUUGACGAGCUCGUCGCCGCCAUCAUGCCCGACAUGAACGAGGAUGUCCUCAUCAACCAGGAGCAGCUCCUAGAGGUUUUUCGAUCCUUCGACCGCGACGGUAAUGGAUACAUUACCGCCGCGGAGCUUGCAGGAUCGAUGGCCAAGAUGGGACACCCCCUCACGUACAAGGAGCUCGCUAGCAUGAUGGCACAGGCUGAUAGCAAUGGCGAUGGGGUUAUAAGCUUUAAUGAGUUUGCCACCAUCAUGGCCAAAUCUGCUGUUGAUUUCUUCGGCGUUAAGGUGCGAUAGAUCAUGUAUAAUAUAUUAAUUAGUCGAUCAAAAUCAUGGGUUUGAUUUGUAAAACCUUAAUUUCUCUCUUGAUUUGUUGUUCUUUGGGUUAUUGGAGUUAAGGGAGGAGAAGAAAGAGAAUUAAUCGUAUUGAAAUUAACCACUAAAGGGAAUUAACUGAAAACAAAAUUAUAAUUGAUGUCAUGUCUUUUGACUCGAAA